CGUGGCACGGCUCUAGAUCCAGGUUGUCCAGGUUGAGAUCCAGGUUGUCAUCAUAAGUGAUUAUGCAUACUAUUAAAGCUAUUAAAAAUGCAAUAGUUUGUUUAGCCCUGCUACCUCGUUUUCUGGUGGCAGCUGUUGUAUUUUGGCUGCUUGACUUUUUAUGCAUAAGGAAAAGGGUUUUCCUCAGGAUGAAGGAGCAGGGAGGCGAUCCCAUUGAUCCUCCUCUGUGCAUAUCGGACUCCAAUCGGCUUUUCAGCUUCGAGUCCCUCAAAGCGAUCUGGCACGGUCAUAAACUGGACUUUCUGAAAGCCGCACAUCUCGGUCACGGAGCUCCAAAUACUGAAGUUGUCCAGCUGAAGGACCAGCGGCGCAGCCGGAUCCUUGACUACGCGAAGGACAAGAGACCGCUCAUCCUCAACUUUGGCAGCUGCACCUGACCACCGUUCAUGGCGCGUCUGAAGGCUUUCCAAAAUGUUGUGCAGCAGAACGCAGACAUAGCAGAAUCUGUAGUUGUGUACAUCGAGGAAGCGCAUCCUUCUGACGGCUGGAUGAGUACUGACGCGCCAUAUCAGAUCCCAAAACAUCGGUGUCUGGAGGACAGACUGAACGCUGCGCAGCUGAUGCACCUGGAGGUGCCCGGGUCCCUGGUCGUGGUCGACAGCAUGGAGAACUCAUCCAACGCCGCGUACGGAGCAUAUUUUGACAGACUUUAUAUUCUGCAGGAGGGAAAGGUUGUUUACCAGGGUGGCCGGGGACCUGAGGGGUAUCGGAUCUCAGAGCUCAGAGACUGGCUGGACCAAUACAGAAAAAGCCUGGAAAGAUCCAAUAAUCUUGUUAUUGAUGUGUAGAUUAAAUUCAUAUUAUUUUUUAUAGCUGCUACUACAAAAAUGCUGCCACUUUUCAGUAUUAAAACUUCAUUUAGAUAGUUUUUCCCCCCGCUGGUGGUUGAUGAAUAUUUAUUUUUUUCAUGAGGCUGAAUUUAAGUAAUUUGUUCACAUUGUUCUGUCGAAUGUUUCUCUCCUACCUCUCAUACUGCACAUCUACAUCUUAUUAGGACCCAUUCAAACCUCGUUUGCUGUCAUACCACUUCUUUCCUUCUCCUUGUGUCAAUGCACUCAGUCUUGAGAGGUGCGCAUCACUUUGCUUAUCAGUAUAGUCGUGAAGUUCGGUUUGUAAACGGAUUAAAUCCAGAGAGCCGAUACUGAUGUUUUUUGUACUGGUGAUCACAGUGAAGCUGAUGCUCUCUGCCUUGCAUGGCGCUUAUGUUUUGUAAAUAUUCAGUUUUAUGGAUAUAUUUUUGACUCAAUAAAAUGCUUUGAUCUAA